GUCCCCUGGUGGCAGCCGGCGUGCAGGCGAGCCUCUGGCUUUGCGGCCCCGCAGCUAGUCAGUCGCCUUCGGUCUAGCGUAGCCCGAGAUCAGCGCGCGUGCCCAACUCCCUGUCCGCCCCAGCGCCAGGCGAGGGGCGACGCCUCGAGGUAAAAUCUAGGAGGUGCGGGAGGCUAACUGCGUAGGCCCUGUUGUCCGGGAGAAUCCUGAGGCUCUCGGCGGCGCUGGAGCGGAGGCGAUGGCGGAGGAGCAGGAAUGCGAUUUCAGGAAGUCAUGUGCCGACUCUGAGGCAGCGGCGGCUGCAGAACCUCUGGGGUCCCCUUCGGAGACCACCGCCGUCGCCGCAGAGUCGCCGGAGCUCGAGAACUACAAUAGCAAGUGCGUGUUCUGCCGGAUCGCGGCGCAGCAGGAUCCCAGCACUGAACUCCUGUACUGUGAGAAUGAAGACCUAGUUUGCUUCAAAGAUACCAAGGCAGCAGCACCUCAUCAUUAUCUUGUGGUGCCAAAGAUGCAUAUUGAAAACUGCAGAUAUCUAAAGAAAGAUCAAAUAGAACUGGUUGAGAACAUGGUAACUGUUGGAAAAACCAUUCUUGAAAGGAAUAAUUUCACUGACUUCAAAAAUAUGAGAAUGGGUUUCCAUGUGCCACCAUUCUGUUCCAUUUCCCAUUUGCACCUUCAUGUUCUGGCACCAGCCGAUCAGCUUAGCUUCUUAUCAAAAUUGGUUUAUAAAGUGAAUUCCUAUUGGUUUAUCACAGCUGAUUAUUUGAUUGACAAACUAAGAACGUGAAAAUGUCAACAGUGGAAGAUUUUCCUAAUUUUGGCUCAACAUAAACUAAUAUUCUGGUCUCUUUGAAGUCUAAUUACAAUUGGGUUUUAUGAGAAGCUAUUACUGGGUAGUCUUAAAUUGUUUCUUAAUGUUUGUUUCCUGAAAUCUGUGAUAUAGUUAUAUGAAUAUUUUGUCAUUGACUUUGUUUUAGUGGUUCCUUGUCUAAGGUAUAAGAUACUAUAGAUAAAAUCCCAAUAAAACAAAUUCUGUUAAUCAAGAA